AUGGCGGUGGCUAUGGUGGUGGGUGCGUUGCAGGCGUGCUGGUUGAUUCAUCAUGUUAUAAAAAUAAUCAGUAAUGUUAGGAUAUUCGGCGACGUCAUCGGCGUGAAACCGGCGCGGGAGUGGGAACCGAACGACGGGCGUGAGACAUGGGGUACGGGAGCAGACUUUCUCCUGUCUAUCAUCGGAUUCGCAGUCGACCUAGCCAACGUGUGGCGCUUCCCUUAUUUGUGCUACAGAAAUGGUGGCGGUGCAUUCCUAAUUCCAUAUACGCUGAUGUUGAUAUUUGGUGCGGUGCCGCUGUUUUACAUGGAAUUGAUACUCGGACAAUACAAUCGGCAAGGGCCAAUAACACUUUGGAAGAUAUGCCCGCUUUUUAAAGGUGUGGGAUUUUGUGCAGUGAUGGUAGCAUUUUACGUGUCAUUUUACUACAACGUCAUUAUUGGUUGGGCGUUCUACUUCCUCGUGGCGUCAGCCCGUUCAGAGCUUCCAUGGGUGCAUUGUGAUAACGCGUGGAACACGGAGCACUGUUGGGAUUCUUCCAGACUCAACUCAACCAAUCGCACAGAUGUCAAAUAUCAGGGACCGCUGUCGCAUUUUACUCCAGCUUCUGAGUUUUUUCAUCGAGCAGUUCUUGAAAUGCAGCAUUCCGAAGGCCUCAAUGACUUGGGUUUGCCUAAAUGGCAGCUAGCCAUCUGCCUGGGCUUAGUCUACGUCACACUAUAUCUGUCGCUUUUCAAAGGCGUUAAAAGCUCAGGAAAGGUGGUAUGGAUGACAGCUACAAUGCCAUACGUAGUGCUAUCCAUACUCCUUGCACGUGGUCUACUUCUGCCCGGCGCAACCAGCGGCAUCGCUUAUUAUCUGCAACCCGAACUUACAAGGCUGAAGGACACGCAGGUAUGGGUGGAUGCAGCGGUACAAAUAUUUUAUUCUGUGGGUGCUGGAUUUGGAGUACAUCUGUCUUACGCAAGUUACAAUACGUUUCACAAUAAUUGUUACAGGGAUUGCCUGGUCACGACACUGGUCAACUGCUUUACGUCGUUUUUCUCUGGCUUCGUAAUCUUUACUUACCUCGGAUUCAUGUCGCAUAAACAAGGCGUGCCGAUAUCUUCUGUCGCCACUGAAGGACCCGGACUCGUGUUCCAAGUGUAUCCUGAAGCAGUGGCCACACUGCCUGGCGCCAGUCUCUGGGCUAUGCUAUUUUUCUUCAUGCUUAUCAUGCUCGGAUUGGACUCAGGGAUGGGAGGCCUGGAGUGUGUAAUAACUGGUCUUCUAGAUCAAGCUCGAGCCAGUGGUGCUCACUGGCUGCGCCGGGAGCAUUUUACAUUGGUCGUUGUUUGCAUCUCCUUUUGCGUCGCUUGCAUCAAUGUCACCCCUGGUGGUAUCUACAUGUUUCACUUAUUGGACACGUACGCUGCAGGCAUAUCUUUACUUUGCUCGGCUCUCUUUGAAGCUGUUGCUGUUUCUUGGUUUUACGGUUUGGAAAGAUUUUCCGAUGACGUAGAAGAAAUGCUCGGCUUCAGACCUGGAAUUUACUGGAGGAUAUGCUGGAAAUUUGUCAGCCCUAUUUUUAUUAUUGGUGUAGUAGUAUUCGGCCUACUCUACCAGCAGCCUCUUCAAUACCAACAUUACUUGUACCCGCAAUGGGCUGAAGUGCUAGGCUGGGGCCUCGCCUGCUCCUCUAUUCUGAUGAUCCCCAUUGUAGCCAUUUACAAGCUGCUGAGUACACCUGGCACUUGUCGGCAGCGUCUGGCUUGCUGUCUAUCUCCGGAAUCGGAGCACGAAGCCAUCCGAGGAGGAGCUCCUGUCAGUCGAUUUACUUGGCGACAUUGGUUGUACGUGUAAAAUUCGCUUUAAGUCUAA